UGUAGGGAGUAAGAGGAAAGGAGACAGUCAUAGCAUAGUCUGGCAGAAGGAAUUCAAGAGAUUAGUGGAUUCGUGCUCACAGUGCUGAAAAAAGUAAAGAACAUGCCGAAUUCAGCCCAUCAGAUCAGAUCUUUGUGUGUGGUGGUUUUACCCAACAAGAUGCAACUCAACAUUGCUGUUGGGUUAAAGUGUAGGGGACAAGAGAUAAUCAGCCAACUCUCUCAACUACUCGGUAUUACAGAUCUGCAACUUUUCGGCCUGUGUUUGGAAAAGGAUAAUGACCACCUAUUCCUCGACCUGGAGAAGAAACUAACCACAUACUUCCCUAAAAUACGCAAGCAGACAACACUGCCGGACAGGCUGGUUCUUUAUCUAAGAGUUCAGUACUACAUAAGAAAUGGUCGGCAAAUUGUAGACAAGAAGGUCUGCAGUCUGUACUGUGCUGACCUGAAAAACAGAGUUUUGAGCUCUCAGUGUUAUGGGCAGGAAGGUGUGUACUUCCAGCUGGCUGCAUACGCCUUACAGGCAGACUUGGGCGACUGGAAAGAGGGAGUGGAACCUUACUUCACUCCCCAGGACUAUUUUCCUCCUUGGAUUUUGAAAAGGCGUGGAUGUGACUAUGUAGUGCAGCACACUCCAGACCUGCACAGAGAGCUGAGGGGAAUGUCUGCACAUGAUGCUUCUCUACUCUUCAUCGAGGAGGCCUGUAGCCUGAACGAUGUGCCUCUCACAUUUUACAGCAUGAGCAAGGGUAAAAAGGAAAAGAGAGCGAGUAUGCUGCUGGGUCUGGCUUUGACAGGACUGCACAUAUAUGACAUAGAGACAACCAGUGGAGAACAUCAGCUUUUGUAUGAAUUUGCCUGGUCAAGCAUAGAUUGUCUUAAAUUUCAGGGCCGAAGGUUUGAGAUUAGGGCAGAUGCUCUGGCUGGGGAAAAUCUGGUGAUGUACACGCAGUCAGUGAUGCACUCCCAACACCUGCUGAAGCACAUAAGCACCAGUCAUCGCAUGCACCUAAACACAAAACACUCAAUCAAACAUCUGCAACGAGGAGAGAGAAGACAGCAAAGGGAGGUGUAUAUCAGGGACAGUACUGAUCCAGACUCAGAGGAUAGUGAGGAUGAGCUUCCACCCAUGAAGUCUUACCUGGACAAGGCCCGGCAACACCAUGCUGACACCAUGGCGACUAUCUCAGUAGCAAAUGCCAGAGAUACAGCUUGGGGAAUUUCUAGAAAAGGACAAAGGAAAACAGACUUAGGUGACUUAGAUGAGAUUGAGCUGUGUGUUGAUGAGCCAGAGGAGAUGUUUGUUGAUGACCCUGAAGAGAUCAUACGAUUGAUGGAACUCCUUGAGGGUGUGUCUGUAGAUGGGCCUCCAUUAGUGACUGUGUCUCAAUGGAUAGAUUUUACAAUGGAGAUGAAACAGGUUUUAAGGUGGAGAGCUUGCAGCCUUUCUUUGGACCAGUGCAGGGAGAGUGUAGAGAACCUUUAUGUCUCACACUCUGUCAACUCUCCUGAGGAACAUGUUGACAUAUAAGCAUGGACAAGAAGACAUUAUAUUUUAAUUAGCUAACAAAAAGUGAUUAAAUCUGUAAAUGUUAAUGUACACACUAAGAGAUAAAUGCACAAAUGUCUACAUGUACAAAUACAUGCACCCUUGCACUUCCUGUGUUUUUGUUUCACCCCAACCCUCUUUCUCUCUGUAUCUCUUGCUCUCUCUCUUGCUCUCUCUCUCUCACUAUCUCUCACCUACACAAAAUUAAAAAUUCAAGAAAUCCCCCCACCAUUUAUACACUCACCAUUGUCUCUUUUGCCAUUUUCACUGGAAUAAAUAUGUAAAGAAUGA